AUUAUUAGUCAAGGACCGAAAUACAUUUAAAAUGUCACACAUAGUUUACAUAUCAGUUCAUACACACAAUAUCUAGGACUAAUACAAAGUACAGUGCAAAUUACAAUAUAUAUAACAUGUCUGUGUCUCUUCUCAGUCCCCUUUGUGCAGUAAGGUGUUCUUUUAUCUGUUUUUUUAAACUUCUUACCUGUUGUGGCAGAGUUCCAUGUAGUCAUGGUUCUAUUUAAUACUGUGCAUUUUCCAGCCUCUGUUCUGGACUUGGGGACUAGUCUAUUUAUUGUGGUGUUGAAAAUGCAAACCAUGUCAUUGAAGUGCACGAAGUCAGUAUGCUUUGUUUAUUGGUUGUGUGGUGCAUUGGCACCGAAACCAGCCCCUCUCACCCAGUACAUUUUGAUCAGAAUUGGGCUGCCUGUGUGAACACAGCCUUUGAUUGUCAUCUGGUCUUGGGUCUAUGUAACUACAGCCGAUAGACCAGAGUGGGCCCGAAUGGACACGAUCAUGGCUCUAUAUAAGCUAUAGCCUUCAAACUCAACGCUGGACUUCAAAACCAGUUCCACUACUUUUUUUUUUGUUCCCCUCCAAUCAGGGCCUGAUUUAGACCUGGGACACCAGACGGGUGUAUUUAACUAUCAGGUAGAACGGAAAAUCAGUAGGCUCCAGACCUCAUAAGGUAAGAGUUGAAUACCCCUGACCUAUGGCAUAUUUAUUUGAAGCUAUUAAGGUGAAUGUAUUGACUUAUAGAAGAAGAGCAAUUUUUUUUUGUCACUCUGGUAUGUUAGGGUGUGGGUCGUGUCUAGCUCGGGUUGUCCUCGGGUCCAUUCAGGUAUGGGUCGUGUCUAGCUUGGGUUGUCCUCGGGUCCAUUCGGGUAUGGGUCGUGUCUAGCUCGGAUUGUCCUCGGGUCCAUUCGGGAAUGGGUCGUGUCUAGCUCGGGUUGUCCUCGGGUCCAUUCGGGUAUGGGUUUUCAGGUCCGGGCACCGAUGGACUUACCAUUAAACAGAAAUAAAAAUCUCUGCUUGAGGCAUAAAUAAAUAAUACAAAAAACAGCAGUAAGGCCAAAUUCAAUGUUUCAUCAAAUCAUUUUUUUCAAAUAUUUUUGAUACCUACAUGGGUCCUAAAAUUCUAAAGUAAAUAGCUAAAUGAUCCUUGGUAUGACCAUCUUAAAACAAUUCCAUAUGUUAGCUCAGUAGAAACCUAGCCCCGGGCCCAUAGACUCGAGGCGGUUAAAAGGUCAUAUAUUUUUACAGUUAAAUUAUGUCUUUACUAUAAAUCUUUUUUUUUAAACGAGGAGGGGUGGGGCCUCCAAAUGAUUAAGUUUGUCCCUGGGUCCAGGUCCAACUUUUUGGACAGGAGAAGACCUCCAAUCUCUCCAAUAAAGACUCAAUUUAUAAAUUUUCAGCCCAGAGCUUCUCAUUCCAGACCCUAUUUAGGUGCCAAUCUGGUAUGAUUAAAUGACCACCCAAGUUUAUACCAAUUUCUACCAGUCUGUAUGUUGAUUGCAUAUAUUACUUUAUAUUCUUAUCCCAAACCAUUUCACUGACCCUUGCUUUAACAUUUCUUUAAUUACCUUACUGGGUUGUUGUUCAAGAGAAAUAGACUGCUUGUGUAGGCUCAGAUGGUAAACAAUCACCUAGGAUCAAGACCAAAACCAGGAAAGGUAACCAAGCAGUAGGCGUGGCUUGGUUGGCAUAAACAGUUGUGUCCCUUAGUAACCAGGUAAGUGGUCUCAGUUUGGCGUAGAGACUGAGAGCUGAUCGAAAGGUGUGUGAGGUACAGCUAAAGAGCUACAGGUAAAUUGGGGACGGGGGAGUGGGGGUGUGUACAGCGGUGACCCUCAGUCACUUAUUGCUGUGUGUGUGUGUGUGUGUGUGUGUGUGUGUGUGGACAACUUCACAGUGUGGAGAAUACAGUACUCUCCGAAUGACUAAUCUCAUGCUUGACCAGAUGACCCGACUCAAACUCAGGCUGCUGGAGAAGGUCAUUGAUUAUUUGAUUGAGUUUUUAAAGUUUUGGAUAUCAAAUAAUCAUCUGAUCAUUUACUUUGAUAGACAGAAAGGCCAUGUUUUUAACUUAUGAGUGAAACUAAAAGUAGUAAAAGAGGCAGUCUUUUCUGAUGUUGUGAGUUCUGGCUGCACAUGGCCUCGUUGACUGCUGACUACUCCCCUCCUGCUAGUCUUCAUGUCCACAGCGACUGGAGAACGAGAGGGACAACAAGGACAGCAGAGCAGAGUCUGCCCUAUCCACCAGAGUUUUGAUGGACAGGCGGAUGCGCUUCACAGUGUGCUUAGACGAAAAAAGGACCUGCUGCAAAGACUGAGGGAGCAGCACAUGUUGGAGAACCUGAGCAGACCUUACACCUGGGGUGGGACAGGGAGACGGUACCGCCCAGACCUCCUCCUGACCUUCUGCCUCCUCUUCCGGCCCCCUUCCAUAUCUACCAGCCUGCCCCUGCACCCCCAGCAAAUGUUGCCCCAGCAGCCUACUACCUUCAUACAGCAGUUACCACAGCAACAGCCCCUCAUACAACAGAUGCCCCCUCCUCAGCCAAACCAUGCACCACAGUCUGGGAGCAUCAAAGGUAAACACACACACACAAAUGCCAAAUGCAGCUACUUCUGUGCGUGUGUGUGCAUAAUGUUAAUUUUCAUGUAUGUGUGUGUUAGACAUGGUGGAGCUGAUGUUGAUGCAGAAUGCACAACAUGAUGCUGAAAGCAAUGUCUCCCACGGCCCUAUCACCACCUAACCAAGGACAGGUCCGUUUCACACACACCCACAUCAUUUAUGUCAAAUCAAAUCGUAUUUAUCACAAGCGCCGAAUACAACAGUUGUAGACCUUACUGUGAAAUGCUUACUUACAAGCUCUUAACCAACAAU